AUGAGGAGUCGCAAAAUGAUAAUGAAGAAGUUCCUGAAAAUUUUUCUAAUUGGACAAGUGAUGACUAAACCUCCACUAUGGGAUUAUCGUUUGCCAUUAAAAGACAGAAACAGAACAAUUAGGGAAAAUCGGUGGCUCGAAAUUUACGAAGCAUUUAGAGGGCAAGAGAAAGAUGAACUUUAUGACGCUCUAUUAAAUGUAAAUGAUGGCGACAUAACGGUUAAGCACAAGUUUGGUCCUAGAGACAAACACUGUAACCACUGGAUAAUUGAAGUUAUACCAGAAAUCAGGAACAAACUUCUUGAAAAAGAUAGAGUGUACUUAGGAUGGUCAUCUUGCAUAGUUAGAGACCACAUCAGAAUACUAAGAUGCUAUAAGUCCCAAAAAUUUGGACACCACAGCCUGUGGCCGCUGCGGCGAAGUCCAUGA